UUAAGUUUAGAGAGUGAGGAAUUUCCCAAUUUCCCUAAACUAGAAAUUUCACUAAGUCAAUCUGAGUUACUCUACCAAAAUAAAUUAGACUAAAGAACUCAGGGCCUCUUUCUACGCAUUUAACUUGGUAGACGGGCUACAUAAAAUGGAGGCACCGCUGGGAUUAGUUUUGGGUUACUGCUAAAUUUGGGAAGAUUAUUUCUGUUAAAAAAAAUGACAGACCGUGCAGAGCUUGUGUUUGGGCAGAGUCCGUGUCAGGGGAAGGAAGUUUAACCCAAAACAGGGCAGCCUGAUGGUCUUAUGUGAGUGUAAGGAAGACUUAUCUGAAACCACCGUUCCUCCAGAGGUGCUAUGUCCUGAGAGUGGAAAAGCCUGGCCUUUAGUCAUUACAAAAAAUCCCCCUGCUGCUGCUGAAGAUUUCGAUAGCAAACUAAAAGCACUCUUGCAAGCUGAGGGCAGGACCAUGGAUGACCUUAAAAACUUGCUACCCACCACAGAAUCCUCUACUAAUGUAACAGAGUCCUUCCUACAGGCAGUAGGAGAUUUCAUGCAAAAGACAACUUAACCUCCAAUCGACAGUGGUUAUCGUCGCCUCCGCCUUUUCUCAGGAACACAACCUGUACCAGUAGGUGAAGAACAGUUUGACCACUGGCUUGAACAGGCAUUGCUUAUGGUGGAGGAGAGUGAAUGCUCUGACCGGGAGAAAAAACGGCAACUAAUGGAAAGCCUUAAAGGGCCAGCUCUUGAAAUUGUGAAGGCAGUGAGAGCUAGAAAUCCUGAUGCUAAUCCUGCUAAGUACCUGGAAGCUCUUGAUAGUGCUUUUGGAACAGCUGAAUCAGGUGAUGACCUUUACUUUUCUUUUAGACUGAUGCAACAGCAACCAGAUGAGAAGCUAUCAGACUUUCUGAGACGCCUUGAACGCUCUCUGUCUAAAGUUGUUCAGCGAGGUGGCCUACAGUCAAGCUACCAGGAUAGAGCCAGGGUAGAGCAGCUUCUGAGAGGUUCAGUCUCUUCAGACCUGAUGUUGAUACAGCUAUGUGUAAGAGAAAGAAAAACCAAGCCCCUAACGUUUCUCCAGCUUCUUAGCGAGAUCCGAGCGGAAGAGGAAUAUGAGGCUUCAAGAAUGAAAUUAAACACGUCAGGCCAUCAAGUACAAGUAAAACAGUCAAGUGUUGUCAGAACCACCGAAAUUCAAAGUCUUAAAGCUGAAAUCAAAGAACUCAGGUCUAUGGUUGCAUCUGUAUGGGCUAAUUCAACAGCAACUACUGAAGAUUAUGUAGAUCCUGUACCAGCAAACACCUCCAGCUCAUGUGAAAAGCAACAAGAUUCUGAGUUGGCAGCUUUAAAGAAGCAAGUUAAAAGGUUGCAACAAAAGCUAAACCAGAAAGUGAAUGCCUCUGAUAGCACAGCAACUGCAACGAAAGUCUCAACAGUGGAAGCCACAAGAGUUGUCAACUCCCCUGCCAGACCUACCAGAUGCACUGAAGAGCAGUUCUGCUACACGUGUGGGGAGAAUGGACAUGGACAUAAUCGUUGACUCAUCCCCCUUGUCCCCACUCCCAGGCAGCGUGUUCUUGCAGCCCAUGGUUGUACCAGGAAAUGCAGUAAAUGUCAACAGUUUUCGUAUCCUGUUACAGAACCAGUCCCUCAAAGAGACAGUCAUCC